GUUGCCUCUUUUCUAUCGAGUCGCGACAGUCACAUUUAUUCGCGUCUUUUUUCUGGUCUCUGUAGCCAGCAAUGAGCAUCUUCGGCAACAAUUCGUCUACAUUUGCGCCAAAACCAGCAGGCGCCUCGAUCUUUGGAAACACUACUCCAGCUCAGCCAUCGAAUUCUACGUCCAUCUUUGGAGCCAACCCUUCAUCUUCAAAUACUGGGACACCUGCGACUGGCUCUAUUUUCGGAGGCGGCGGCACUGGUACUUUUGGACAACAAACUCAACAACCGCAAGCAGGAGGAACAAACAUUUUUGGACAGUCGAACCCUGGUGGAACUGGAACGAGCUUGUUUGGCGCUCAGAACAACCAGCAGCAGCAGAGUGGCACUGGGACCGGGUUGUUUGGGCAAUCAAAUACUGGAGGGGCUGGAGCGGGGUUGCUUGGUGUUCAGAAUAAUCAGCAACAACAGGGUGGAACUGGGACCGGAUUAUUUGGACAGUCUAAUGCCCCCGGAGCUGGAACAGGAUUUGGUCAGAAUCAGCAACAACAGGGUGGAACAGGGACCGGAUUGUUUGGACAGUCUAAUGCCCCCGGAGCUGGAACAGGAUUUGGUCAGAAUCAGCAACAACAGGGUGGAACAGGGACCGGAUUGUUUGGACAGUCUAAUGCCCCCGGAGCUGGAACAGGAUUUGGUCAGAAUCAGCAACAACAGGGUGGAACAGGGACCGGAUUGUUUGGGCAGUCUAAUGCCCCCGGAGCUGGAACGGGAUUUGGUCAGAACCAGCAACAGCAGAGCGGAGCAGCGCCAGGAACUGGUGUUUUUGGCGGGCAGCAAUCUACAGGAGGAACGGGAACAGGGUUAUUUGGCCAGGGCAAUCAACAGCAGCAAGGGGCCUCGGGGACAGGAUUGUUUGGGCAAUCCAACACCGGAGGAACAGGAACGAACCUGUUUGGUGGCCAGCAACAACAAGGCCUGACAGGGACUGGAAAUAACCUCUUUGGCACUGGUGGGACAGGAACAAACGUUUUUGGCAACUUCGGUCAGAAUACCCAGCAGCCUGCGGUGGGUACGAGUCUGUUUGGCCAAAACACUGGAGGAACUGGCAAUAGUAUGUUCGGACAACAGCCACAACAACCACAACAACAGCAAGGUUCGUUGUUUGGAGGAGCUUCGGCCGCAAACCCGUUCGGUGCAAACACUCAACAAAAUCAAACUUCGCUUUGGGGGAGACCAGGUGCGCCUCAACAUCUGCAAUCCAACCACCAACAACCGCCUCCCUUUACAAAGACCACGAAAUUUAACGAUCUCCCAGAGGAGAUCAAAAAGUUUUUUGAACACAUCGAUACCCACAUACAAGGCCGGGUUCAAAUUAGCAAAGAGCUUCACCAACGGAAGCUAGGCGAAGAAGCAACAAAAGGUCAAGAGAUUGUUCGCUCCGUGAACAGGGACCUGAUCCAUACAAGCACUACGAUCCGGAACGACCUUCAAUUCACAAAGGAUCUUAAGGCAAAAGCUGAUCAAGCAGUUCAAGAUACCAUCGUCGCGACGCGGAUUAUAGACGGAUUCAGAAAUACCCAGGCAAAUGGCGCUUAUCUGAAGGACCAUGCCAGUUUCCCACUUGAGUUCUUCACCCGGAUAACUCGUCAGACGAAGGAAAGAUUAGCGUGGUACAAGUCGACAAUCGAGCAAAUCGAAAGAAAAUUAUCGUCAAUGGCUAAUCAGCCUCAUAUAACUCCCCAACGCAUCGUUUCGGCAUUACAGGCGCAACAUGCCACUUUCCUGGCUCUUUCUGGUCGGACAGCUACGCUUGAUACAGAAUUGCAGAAGAUAAAGACCAUGUAUACUCAACUGUGGCGUGCGAGGACGGGAAGCGUACGGGACCCUUUCGAUGGCGGUGCUGACAUGGAGCAGAGUCUGAGACCUGGUGCCACUAAGGGAGAUAAUUUAACUUUGAGUGCCUUGAAUAUUCGAUAAUGCUCUAAUUCCUCUUUUCAUUCCUCGCUCUCUACUGAUACUCUGAAAGUUCUUUACAGAGGUAGCCAGAUACAUACAUGGAAAUGUAGGCAUACUGCUCGUUGUUGAUAUCAAAUAUCGUCAACCGCUUCACUUUCCUUGUGAUUUCCAAAGCCACUUAUGCAUCUUAUUUCAUGCCGUA